AUGUCAGCUCCAAGUGCGCCACCAGUGUGGACGGAGCACAAGACGCCACAAGGCCGUCCCUACUGGUAUCACACCAUCGAACGCCGGUCAGUGUGGGAGAAACCAUCCGAGCUCAAGACGCCGCGCGAACGAGCGCUCGAAGCAACACCAUGGAAAGAGUACAAGUCCGGCGACAGGCCGUACUACGUGCAUAGCGUUACGAAGCAGUCUACUUGGUCGCUACCACCUGAGCUCAAGCAGAUCUUGGACCAGUAUCCGAUCGACAGCGCAAACGCCACCCCUGCCUAUGCCCCUUCUCCGCACAUCAACCAUGCUCAAUCGCCAAGUGGAUAUGCUCGCUCACCAGCAGCAGCUGUCCCAAGCACUCUUCCACAAGCAUCACCUUCUCACACACCCAUGCGCAGCGUACACCAACCCUCGGGCUCCAACACACCCAUUCCUUCUUCCUCCACCCGUGCAGCCUCUCCUCCUGCAACAGGCCGAAAGGGGCCUUCCACAAUCCAAACCAUGUCCGGAGCCACCGAAGUCAACUUCAAAGGCGACAAAGAAGCCGCUGAGUCCGCAUUCAUCCAACUACUCAUCGACACCGGCGUAGAUGUCGAUUGGACUUGGGAAACGACCAUGCGCACCAUCAUCACCAACCCACUCUACAAAGCUCUCAAAACCAUCUCCGAACGUAAGGCGGCAUUCAACAAACACAUUGAUUCCCUCCGCCGCAAACGUGCAGCUGAGUCAGCUGCGAGAUUAGAAGAGCUCAAGCCGGCAUUCAAGCAGCUCGUUGUGGGCGAUCAGCGGUUGAAAACGUACACUAGCUACGCUACAGCGAAGAAGUUUUUAGGCGAAAGUGCGGUGUGGAAGCAAACAAAAUCAGAUGAGGAGGCGAGAGGGAUCUAUGAAGCUGUUCUCAAAGAGUUGAAGCAGGCAGAGAAGGAAGAGGAGCAACGGGUGAAGAAGAGGAAUAUGGAAAUGCUCAUGGCCUUGCUCAAGACGUUUGAAGCGGAUGUUUUUACGAGAUGGAGAGAUGCACAUCGGACCAUCCUCGAAUCGCAGGAAUAUCAGGAGGAUGCGCAUUUGGGAAUGAUGGAUGUGAGCGAUAUGCUGGUGGUGUUUGAAGAUUUGAUGAAGGGAAUAGAGAAGGACACCGAUUUGGCCAAACGGAAGGAAAUGGCGCACAAGAAGAGAAGAGAAAGACAGAAUAGGGAUGCGUUCAAAGCGCUUCUUCGCAGAUUGGAGAGUGAAGGGCACAUUAGAGCAAGAUCGACGUGGGGUGAAGUGUUUCCGUUGAUUAAGGACGAUGGCGACUGUCUCAGGGCUGUGGGUCAACCUGGAUCAACACCAUUAGAUCUUUUCUAUGACUUUGUCGAUGACUUGGACCAAAAGCUUGAACAGCAGACUGCCGAUGCACUCCAACAUGUCUCGAAACAAGGGCACUCUGUCACACCAAGCACAAGCGAAGACGAAUUCCUUUCCUGGACCAGCGGUUGUUCAGUGCCUCUCCCCACUCUUAAACAGAUCUAUUCCGAACUGGUAGCAUACUUGGCAGAAGAGGAGGAGAAGAAAGCCUCAGAAGAACGUCGCAAGCUAGAACGUAAACAUAGGCAUAAGAUCGAAGAUCUCCGUUACGCAUUCAAGAAGGUCCAUCCUCCACUUGACUUGGAUGCAGACUGGCAUACAGAAGAGAUCCGAGGAAGAGUGGAGGAGUUGGAAGAGUACAAAGUGGCAAAAGAGGAGGAUGCAAGGAUUCCGCAAUGGGCUUGGGAGAAAUUUGUUCGACGACAGAGGGAGAAGUUAGCCGAGUCCACCGCAGAUGGUGUAGAGACAAGAAAGAGAAAGGAUUAUCCUAAUGUAGCUGCUCAGCGUGGCAGUCCUGGUACUGGAGAGGCGGACACGAUUGCGACAAAGAGGGUGAAAAGAGAUGAGGAUCAGGAUGAGAGCGAACCUGAGGAAGGAGAGGUGUAA